CUUUCUUUCUUCUCUACCAAAUUAUCUUCCCUUCAAUUGCAGCAAGCACAUCGGCUACGUGUCUUCUAUUACGCGUUACUUACAAUCGAGGCACGUGAUCGUCGACAACCAUUCACGAAGGUUCAGUAUGCACUGAGGUUGGAGUAAAUCACGGCAAGCCACAGCCGCAGCAGAGCGGAGCAUAGUGAAACUUCCUUCCCACGACCCAUCGGAAAUCAAAUUCACAACCACACCCUCAACAACCACUACCAGAAUCACAACAACCAACACACACGAGCGCGACCGCCUUCACAGUCAUGUCAAACCCCGUGCAUCGCGCUCAGACCACCACCGCCGGAGCCUCCCGCCAAGGCCGGACCUCUACGUCAAACAAGCCCACUGCCGACAAGACCGACACACCAUCCGGCAACCGUUCUCAGCCCGUGUCCAUCGAUUCCGACGAAGAGAUGGAGCUGUCUGACGACGGCAACUACUCUGCCGGCGAGGACGCUGAUUUCGAUGACGCCGACUUUGACGACAACUACUUCGGCGGCGAAGUCAGCACUGCCAACAUAUCCUCAGAAGAUUCACAGAGCAAAUGCUAUAUUUGCAAAAAGGAGUACGAUCAUCCCCACGGACUUCCGCAGGAGCGGGAUGUGAACCAUCGACCGUUCAUGCUCCUCAACUGCGGCCAUGUGUUUGGCCACUUCUGCUUGAACGAGCUCUACCAGGAUACGAAGAAGUUUGGCCAGCCACAGUGCCCCAAGUGCCGUGUUCCCGUUGGAGAUGACGAUAUCGAGAAGCUUGCUCAUUGA